AUGCUGGGAGAUCCGGUGGGUAACCUGAAGAAGCUAGCAGCGUUCAUGGGGUGUACCUUCUCUGAGGAGGACGAGGAGGAUGGGGUGGUGGAUCAGAUCGUGGAGCUGUGCAGCUUGGAGAAUCUCAAGAGCAAGGACGUCAACAAGAACGGGAGUACACGGCUGGGCAUCAAGAGUGAGUCGUUCUUCAGGAAGGGGCAGGUCGGCGACUGGAAAAACUACAUGACCAUGGACAUGGCGGCGAGGCUGGAUAAGAUUGUUGAGGAGGCCACCCGAGGUUCUGGGCUCACCUUUGGGGACUCCUCACUCCUCGGUCGAGGUUAA